GCACACGCCCCUAUAAAUAGCCAAAUCCUGCAGCUUUUAACAUUCAUCACUCUCUCUCUCUCUCUCUCCCACCUCUUUUGUUUCUUCGUCCUCUCCUUGAUCCCGUGCUCUCCUCUGCAGGAGAAGAAGUAGAAGAUCUCUUCGUCCAUAUCUAUCGCCAUGGAUCCCUAUAAGCACCGUCCGUCCAGUGCAUACAACACUCCGUUCUGGACAACAAAUGCUGGUGCUCCUGUUUGGAACAAUAAAUCCUCCAUGACCGUUGGAUCUCGAGGUCCAGUCUUGCUGGAGGAUUAUCAGCUGAUUGAGAAGCUUGCCAAUUUCACGAGGGAGAGAAUCCCGGAACGUGUGGUCCAUUCUAGGGGAGCCAGUGCGAAAGGGUUCUUCGAGGUCACUCACGAUAUCUCGAACCUCACGUGUGCCGAUUUCCUCCGAGCACCCGGAGUUCGGACUCCCGUCAUCGUUCGCUUCUCCACUGUCAUCCAUGAGCGUGGAAGCCCCGAAACCCUCCGGGACCCUCGAGGUUUCGCUGUCAAGUUCUACACUAGGGAGGGUAACUUCGAUCUCGUGGGGAACAACUUCCCUGUAUUCUUCAUUCGUGACGCGAUGGAGUUCCCGGACUCGAUCCACGCCAUGAAACCCAACCCCAAGACGAACAUCCAGGAGUACUGGAGGAUGCUCGACUACUUCUCCCACCAUCCCGAGAGCUUGCUCACGAUGUCUUUCUUCUUCGACGACGAAGGCAUCCCUCAGGACUACCGUCACAUGAACGGAUCCGGCGUACACGCUUACAGUUUGAUCAGCAAGACCGGAAAACAGCAUCUCAUCAAGUGGCACUGGAGACCAACUUGCGGAAUGAAGAAUUUGCUGGAGGAAGAGGCGAUUCGAGUCGGCGGAACUUGUCACAGCCAUGCGACAAAGGAUCUUUACGAUUCCAUUGCUGCCGGGAACUUCCCUGAGUGGAAGCUGUUUAUUCAGGUCAUGGACGUUGACCAUGAAGACAGAUUCGACUUCGACCCUCUCGAUACUACCACGACCUGGCCCGAGGACCUAUUCCCACUGCAACCAGUGGGCCGGCUGGUGCUGGACAAGAACAUCGAUAACUUCUUUGCGGAGAACGAGAUGCUUGCAUUCGAUGUGGGCCAUAUAGUUCCAGGGAUCUGGUAUUCGGAUGAUAAGAUGCUCCAGACUCGCAUUUUCGCUUAUGCUGAUACUCAGAGGCACCGUAUCGGGCCGAACUACAAGAUGCUUCCUGUUAAUGCUCCCAAAUGUGCUUAUCACAACAAUCACCACGACGGUUACAUGAAUUUCAUGCACAGAGAUGAAGAGGUAAAUUACUUCCCAUCAAGACUUGAUCCCGUCCGUACAGCCGAGAAGUCCCCGAUUCCUCCACGUGUUUUGGCUGGAAAACGUGAGAGGGUGGUCAUUGAGAAGGAGAACAACUUCAAGCCAGCUGGAGAUAGAUACCGAUCUUGGGCACCUGACAGGCAAGAGCGCUUUGUGUGCCGCUGGGUGAACGCUUUGGGUGACCCGCGGGUCACCCACGAGAUCCGCAACAUUUGGAUCGCUUACUGGUCUCAGGCCGAUAGAUCUCUGGGUCAGAAGCUAGCAACCCGUCUCAACGUUCGACCUACCAUGUAAAAGAAAACAUCGAUGAUCGACGCAAAUUGAGAUGGGUGAAUGCUCAAUGGUCGAAUGCCUUUGGUUGUGGAGAGCUAGCGCUGGCUUGAAAAAAGAGUUUGGAGAAGGAUACGAUAAAUUAAAUGAAUAAACUUUUAAGAGCUUAAUAUAAAAACAAAAAUAAAAAUGUUUGUUCUAUAUCUACCGAAAAAAUGUUUGCUCUAUUAAAAUGCUGUCUUUGUGCAGCUUGUUCUGUGUAAUCUUAAAUGUACCUCUUUGUAUAUGUUUGUUUCCAAUCUAAUAAAAUCUGCACCAGUUUGUACAUA